AUACCAACAAAAACAAUAAAAUACACCUUCUGAACUUCUGAAAAAGCAGCUUCUCCUCUUCCCUCCGCACAGUAGCGCCAUUAUCAUCAUCUUCACAGGUUUUCUCCUAGGCAUACUCAUUUUCCAGUGAAAGAAACUUCUCCAAUCUCCAUCAACGAACUUGCUCUACAGACUAAGUUGGUAUAGGUUCUUGAAUCGAGAUUUUGCGAACAAUGUUACGUUCUGAAGGAGAAGAGAUUGAUAAUACUGGGAAUACGUUGGAUUUUAAGUGGGGUAAACUCAAAGGGAAAACACGGGAGGGUAUCCAAUUGUACGAAUCGUUUAUGCUUGAUAAGGUAGAGUACUGUUUGUAUGAUUGUGUCUAUUUGCAGAAUGAAGACGAGUCUAAGGAGAACCACAUUGGAAAGAUCGUCAAAAUUAUGGAUUCUCCAAACAAUCAGAGGAAGGUGAAGACUGUGUGGUUUUUUAGACCUAGCCAAGUAGAGAAUUGGCUUAGAGAAAGACAGGUUGCUUUCCUUGUGCAUGAGAUCUUUUUAGCAUCAGGAGAAGGUAGAGGCGUCGCCAAUAUCAAUCCCGUGGAAGCAAUUGCUGGGAAAUGCUAUGUGGUAUGCACAUCAAAGGACAUAAAAAACCGUCAACCUUCUGAGGAAGAACGUCGAAAGGCUGAGUUCGUUUUCUCUCGGGCAUUUGAUGUUAGAGAAUUUACUUUCUUAGAUAAACUAGAUGACAUCAUAUCAGGAAUUAAAGUCGAGCACUUUUUUAAUUCUAAAGAGUGGUCAGCACUGAGUGGAGAUCAAGAACGGAAAGAAGUAGAGAACCCCAAAUCUAGUGGUUCUGAGAAGGAGAACCUUCAAGCUCCAAUCGUUCAAGGUGGAGAGGAUACUAAGCUGAAAUCCCAAGGUGUAUUAUAUCAUUCAGGCUCACUGCGAAGUACUUCUUUUGAGGAAACUGUAAGGCUUGGUAGCUCAACCAAGCCAAAAAUUAGAUGCAAGGAUGCUGGAGCGUUAUCUGGAUUUCAUGCAAGUCAAGACCGGACAAUUGAUCGAAGGAUCUUUAGUAGUGAGUUCCCAAGUAAGAGAGCCAAGCUAGCGGGUAAAGAAGCUGAUCCUAAACCAGCAGGAGAGAAGGGUAGAAAAGACGAUCGAGUAAUUCUGAGUAAGAGACCAACUAAAUUUGUGGACAGAGGAGCUACUCCUGAAUUAGCACAAGACAAGGGUACAAAUACUCAUGCCCAGUAUCACAAUAUUAGAGAACGUGAAAAAGACUCUGCAAGGCAUGAUCGACGGUUAUCCACUACCAUAACUACUGAGAAACAACUAGACCACAGUGAAAGAAGAGAAGGUGCCAUAGAUUUUGUUGGACAGCACAAUUGGAUAUCCAGUACAUUGAAUCAUAAUGACAAAGGGACCAUGCUUUUAAAUAAAGAAGCAUCUGAAGCACCUCAGCAAAACAAGAUGAUCAAAAGCGAUUGUCACACUGUGGAGGCCCAGAAAGUUGACAAAACCAAAUGGUUCAAGGAAUUUACAUGGAAAGACAAAAUGGACUGUGCUCGUUCCAAAGGAACCCUUGUUCGACUGCAAAAUUUGGAUCCGUCCUAUUCAGCAGCAGAAAUUGAGGAAAUAAUCUUGACCUAUUUGAAGGUAAGGUGCACAGCAAAGGUGUCGCAACAAAUUAAAUUCACUGGCCCUCACAAUGGUCAAGCUUUAUUGGUUUUUAAAACAGAAGAAAAGGCAGCAAUGGUGAUUAAGCAAUUGCGGGAUAGGUGCCUAAUGCUACCAAAUGGAAGGCCCCUUAUUGCUCAACGAGAAGCCCCAAGUGUGUUACCAAAGUCAGCAAAAUAUUAUGGCAAUCUUACGGUCGACAGAAUCAAGCAUCGUGAGCAGAAAGACGCAGUAUCAACUUCACACUGUGCGCAGCCUAACACCAUAGAAUACGAAUUGUCUUUGGAUUGGAUCUUAUAUCAAAAACGAUCCGAGGCGUCCAGGCAAACGCUUUUUGAGGGUCAUGGGAAGGAAUUGGCUACUCUAAAAGCCCAACUAAAGCAAUACUAGUAAAGUUGGGCUAGGAAAUCUGUGACCUCGUGUAAAUCUUCUGCGAAUGUCUAUACCUAACUGAAGCUGAAGGUACAAGUAUACGCUAACAACAUACAAGGCUCUAUCUUUUGGAAAUCUUAAGGGAAGUGCUAAUACGAUUAAAUGCGUCUACAGACUUACAAAUUGCUCAUGUCAUAGGUGGUGAACUCUUGUAAAUUUUUUGCCGUCAUGCAUAUCGAAAAGUCAAUUGCUACCACCUCAUUUGAUGUAAUCACUGAGAUAGUGUGAAUGGGCUUUCA